AUGAAUCUAUUCACACGUGCUGAUGGAAUAUUUGGCACCCAUGUCACCUGGGAGGACAUUGAAAACGAUAUGCAAAGGGAACUACAUACCGUUGCUUUAUUUGGACCGAAUAAGAGUGCGAAAAAUAUUGGAGACGGAAGAGUAAGCUUUUUCUACUUGACUUUGAAAGGACCAUGCUUAGUGAUUCGCCUGGAUGUCGAUGCGAAGACAAAUGUCUUGAUUGCCUUUGACGCUGUAUUUUGUAUGACCGCCUCAGUGAUGAAAAACUCAGAGAGUUAA